UGGGGAAUCAACGAUAAGGCAACAACUUCCUGUUUGUCUGCGCUCUCAGGCCAGAGCAAUCGAAUGUCGACGUAGAUCUCCAGUCAUAACAUCCGCUAGGGAAGUCGAGAUAACCAUGGAUCUACACUAGAAUACACAAUUACAAGCCCAAAAGGAUUCUGAAAUGGAUUUUGUCGAGAACGCGGGGUCUGAGUCGGAAUCAGACUACCUUCCUAGUCCCACUGCCCCAGAACCUGAACCCAAUGUGACUGUGAAGGAAGAGGAAGAGGAGGGACAUAGUGACAUGGCUGACCCAGACCACCUCUCAGGUCUCACCGUGGCAGAAAGACCCAGAUUUAAUAUGAUUAUCAAAGAAGAGGAGGAGGAAGAUGAUGAAGCAGAAGCAGAGGAAGAUGAAAUGGUUUACUCGGGAGACAGGAUAAAGUUGGACCCAGACUAUCUUCCAGAAGUGACCGUGGCAACAGGGCAACCACAGAACCAGAAGAAGAAGGCUGCGAAGAAACUUCAUCCAUGUCCUGACUGUGGGAAGACAUUUGACAGACCAUCACACCUAGAGAGACAUGAGAAUACCCACACCAGAAUCAAGAAGCUGGCCCCCGACUACACUUGUUCUUACUGUGGCAAGAUCUUUGCUAAACCGUCAAAGCUGGCUCGGCAUGAGCGAGGACAUACUGGAGAGAAACCGUACUCUUGCUGCAAGUGCGGGAAGUGCUUCGCUGAGCCGGGGCACAGGAAGAGCCACGAGCUGACGCACAAUGAAGAGAGACCGUACACCUGCGCUGACUGCGGGAUAGGCUUCUUCAACCAGUCCAAGCUGCAACGGCACCAACGCACACACACGGGUGAGAAACCGUACUGCUGCACCGAAUGUGGGAAGACCUUUGCUCGGUCAGGAGGCCUAAAGACUCACUGGCUAAGCCACACGGGAGAGAGACCAUACCUCUGCUCCGACUGUGGGAAAAGCUUCUUCAGCUCUGGGGACCUGAAAGUCCACCACUUGACCCAUACCGGAGAGAAACCACACUGCUGCUCCGUGUGCGGGAAGGGUUUCGCGCAGAGGGGGAAUAUGCGGGCUCAUGAACGGUCUCACUCGGGGGAAAGGCCUUACAGCUGUGCCGACUGCGGGGCCAACUUCGCCCAUUCUAACUAUUUAAAGAUACACCGGCGCAUUCACACGGGCGAGAGACCCUUCCCAUGCCCUGUCUGCGGCAAGAGGUUUAUUCUAUCCGGGCACCUCGGGAGACACCAGAAAACACACAUACCCAAAAACAACACUUAGAAGAACGCACAUAUCCAAACACACAGGGGACACACUCAUGAGCUUACUGAAGUAUAUUUUAUUUGCAUAUAAUCAUGAACUACAAUGAAACGGAUGAAGAACAAAAAAUAAAAGACAUGGUAAAAGUCCUGAGAGAGCGAGGGUAAGGGAUACUCCCCCGUGAAGCUCCGCCCUCAACACUUCUCUCUCCAUACUGUGUCCCAAAUGACACCCUGUUCCCUAUAUGGUGCACUACCUGGUCAAAGGUCAAACCUAUAUAGAGCAGAGGGUGCCCAUUGUCCUGUUCCACUGUUUUAAUCUAAACAUUGUAUAGAAUUUAUUUGGCAGGUUGUUGUGUGUGUGUGUGUGUGUGUGUGUGUGUGUGUGUGUGUGUGUGUGUGUGUGUGUGUGUGUGUGUGUGUGUGUGUGUGUGUGUGUGUGUGUAUAUAGAUAUAUAUAUAUAUAUGUGUGUGUCUUUGUCCUGAACUUUUUUGGUGGUUUUCAUAAUGUGAGAGCUCUGGUGAGUAAGGUUUCUAUUGUAGUUAGUUACCUGUCUUACCUGACUUUUUCCACAUUUUGUUACGUUACAGCCUUAUUCUAAAAUGUAUUAAAUUGCCCCCCCCCCUCAAUCUAUACACAAUACCCCAUAAUGACAAAGCAAAAAGGCCUGUCUCACAGUCCCUGCUGCUGAAAAACAUCCCCACAGCUUGAUGCUGCCACCACCAUGCUUCACUGUAGAAAUGGUGCCAGGUUUCCUCCAGACGCUUGGUUUCAUCAGACCAGAUAACCUUGUUUUUCAUGGUCUGAGAGUCCUUUAGGUGCCUUUUGGCAAACUCCAAGUGGGCUGUCAUGUAGCUUUAACUGAGGAGUGGCUUCUGUCUGGCCACUCUAACAUACUGGUCUAGUGCUGCAGAGAUAGUUGUCCUUCUGGAUGGUUCUGCACAGAACUUUGGAGCUCUGUCAGAGUGAUCAUUGGGUUCUUGGUCACCUCCCUGACCAAAGCCCCUUUCCCCCUCAGUUUGCCUGGGGCGGCCAGCUCUAGGAAGAGUCUUGGUGGUUCCAAACUUCUUCCAUUUAAGAAUGAUGGAGACCACUGUGUUCUUAGGGACAUUCAAUGCUGCAGGCAUGUUUUUGGUACCCUUCCCCAGAUCUGUGCCUCAACACAAUCCUGUCUCGGAGCUCAAUGUACAAUUUCUAAAACCUCAUGGUUUGGUUUUUGCUCUGACAUGCACUAUCAACUGUGGGACAUUAUAUAGAUAGGUGUGUGCCUUUCCAAAUCAUGUCCAAUCAUUUGAGUUUACCACAGGUGUACUCCAAUCAAGUUGUAGAAACAUCUCCAGGAUGAUCAAUGGAAACAGGAUUUACCUGUGCUCAAUUUCAAGUCUCAUAGCAAAGGGUCUGAAUAAGGUAUUUCAAUGACUUUUUUUUCAGAUUGUGCAAAAAAUGUAUAAACACUGUUUUUUUGCUUUGUCAUUAUGGGGUAUAUUGUAUGUAGAUUGGUGAGGGAAAACAUGACAUUUAAUCCAUUUUAGAAUAAGGCUGUAACGUAACAGAAUCUGCAGAAAGGGAAAGGGUCUGAAUACUUUCUGAAUGCGCCGUAUAUUCUGAAAGUAACGCAUUGCCAACUAUAGUUAUUGUUACUCAAAUACAAAGUGUAAUUAGUUAUGAUACCGUGUUACUGAGUCAAGUAAUCAUAUUAUUGUUCCACAUUAUGUUACUGACAAGUUAACCCACGAUCCUGGUGAAAUGGACGUCAAUAUGCCUGAAUUAAACGUUUCCAAGAGGA